AUGUUCUUCUCAAGAAGACUAUUCGCCGGCCUGACGGCGUUGGCAACAACAGCUUCAGCGCAGACGUAUUCGACGUGUAACCCCCUCCAACAAACCCUCGGCAUGGCCAUCCACGUCGACUUCACCCAAGGCGCCGUAAACUCCUUCGCCGCCUCGGGAAACCCAACCUACGGCUCCGACGGCGUAACCUUUAGCGUCGCUGCCUCGGGCCAGGCGCCUCAGCUCAUGUCCCUCUUCUACAUCAUGUUCGGCCGCGUCGAGAUAACCCUCAAGGCCGCCACCGGCGCCGGUAUCGUCAGCUCCCUCGUCCUGCAGUCCGACACUCUCGACGAGAUCGACAUGGAGUGGCUCGGCGCCGACCCGACAGAGGUGCAGUCAAACUACUUUGGUAAAGGCGACGUGACGACGUACAACCGGGGCCAGUUCCACCAGACCGACAAGAACAACCAGGAGAAUUUCAUGAAGUACACCAUUGACUGGACCUCGGAGCGCAUCGUCUUCUCCGUCGACGGCACCGUCGUCCGCACCUUGAAGGAGUCCGAGGCCGAUACGAACCAGUACCCGCAGUCUCCGAUGCAGGUUAAAUUCGGCUCCUGGUCCGGCGGCGACCCGGCCAACGCCGCCGGCACGAUUGACUGGGCCCGCGGGCCGACAGAUUUCUCCAAGGGGCCCUUCCACAUGGUCGUCAAGGAUGUUUCGAUUACGGACUACUCGACGGGUAAAGAGUACAAGUACACCGACACCACGGGUAACUGGGGCUCCAUCCAGGCCGUCGACGGCCAGGUCAACGGGAACCUGGGGAAAGCGGGCCAGGUCACCUACACGGCCAGCGCGGCCGCCGAGACGGGUAGCCCAGCGCCCACGGUACCCCGCGGCGGUAUCGGCGCCGACGAGUCGGCUUCCGCUACGCAGACGGGUUGGCCCUGGGUCGCGAGCGCGAGACCUACGGGCGGUUCUGUGCCGGACGGCUGGCGCAUGACGUCCGAGGGCAAGAUUAUCCCCGACGGCGCGGGCAACUCGGUGCGGCCUUCGUGUUUGAUCUUGGUGGUGUCGUUUGCUGUUGGUGUGUUCGCUUUGAUGGGGCGGUGA